AUUCUAAGAAAACAUAAAAAAUGGUGUUAAUAAAAUCUUCGUGGUGUACAUUUAAGAAAGUCCUAGAAACACGUCAAAAUAUUUGUAAACCAGCUUGUAACAGUGCAGUCUUUAAACUUAAACAAAGGAAUUUCCACUGUAGUGUCUGUAAUAAAGAAGAAGCAAAUAAAAAAUCAGAAGAAACACCUUUAAAGACUCUUUUAGAAGAUGCGGCUUCAUUUGGUGACGUUCAAAGGAAUAAUGUUGAACAGCAAUGGGCAACACUUCCUUAUUUACAAGGUACAAAGAUACGAAAGCAAGGAGAAUAUUUUCACAAACCAAAAGUUGAUCCUAGAAAUACAUCAGUAAUUUUGUUUCCUGGGCAAGGUAGUCAGUUUGUUGGGAUGGCAAAAGACCUGUUAAAAUUUCCAAUGGCAAGAGAUCUGUUUGAGUUAGCAAACUAUAUAUUGAAAUAUGAUUUGCUUAAAUUGUGUUUAGAGGGCCCCAAAUCUAAACUAGAUGAAACUAGAUACUGCCAACCUGCUGUUAUGGUUACUUCUUUAGCAACGCUAGAACGUUUAAAAGAAGAAAGACCAAAUGCAAUUGAAAAUUGUGUUGCAACUGCAGGAUUUAGUCUGGGAGAAAUUACAGCUCUAGUAUUUGCAGGGGCAUUAGGUUUUGAAAGGGCUCUUCAGUUGGUCAAAAUCAGGGCAGAAGCAAUGCAUUUAGCAAGUGAGGCUUAUAAAGGGGGCAUGGCCACAGUUUUCUAUACCCCUGAAAGUAAUUUAGGCAAAGCUGUCAUAAAAGCUAAGGAAUGGGCUCUUGAACGAGGGGCUGAGAAUCCAGAAUGUUGUGUCGCUAACUACCUUUAUCCACACUGCAAGGUCGUUUCAGGUAGUUUAGAGGCAUUAGAUUAUUUAGAAAAAAACUUAAUGGAAUACAAACUCAAAAAAAUUAAGAGAUUACCAGUUAGUGGAGCUUUCCACAGUAGUUUAAUGGAACCAGCCGUUGGGCCUUUUUUGAAAGCUUUAAAAAAGACUGAAGUUUCUGAUCCUGUAAUAUCAGUGUUUUCGAAUGUAGAUGGAAAAAAGUACAGGGAUGCUAAUCAUAUAAGAAGACAACUUCCAAAACAGAUUGUGAAACCUGUGAGAUGGGAGCAACUUUUACACGUAAUAUAUGAAAGAGACCAAGAUGAAUAUUUUCCAAAGACUUUUGAGUGUGGUCCAGGUUCCUCAUUGAAAGCAAUUCUUAAGCAAGUAAAUGGAAAGGCCUGGAAUCACUGUAUUACAAUAAAUUAAUAAAUUUUCAUGGUGUGUAAUAAGCUAAUAUCAGUUAGUGGUAUGUACAUAAAUGUUAAGAAUACAAGUUUUUAAACCUUA